AUGAAUUCAAAAAUUAAAGGAAUAACGGAUGAUAUAACAUCAAUUCCACCAGAAGAACAGAGAUAUUACGCAUUAAAUGCAUUUCCUAAAGUUUUGAAGAUUGGAAGAUUUAAUUUAAAUGAGGAAUUCAUAGAAGGUUUCCUAAAUGACAUAAUGAAGAAAGCAGAUAAGGAAUAUGUGGUUAGUGAAUUAAAUAAGAAGGCAAAUUUGGUUUACGUUGAUGAAAAAGAUAAAGAAAUUAAAGAAAUGGUUGAAUGGUAUCAUGAAUGGACAUUGGAGACUUUUAAAGUUAAAGCUGAUACAGAAUGGGUUUCAGGAUGUUUAGACCUUAAAGCAGAUAAAACUUAUGUUGAUGAAAAUUAUGCAAAGAAGUCGGAAGUAAAUGAUGUGAUUACAAGCAUGAAAAAUGAAAUACUUCAAACAUUAUAUCCUGUUGGUUCUAUUUAUACAUCAAUGAACUCAACAAAUCCAUCAACAGUUUUAGGUUUUGGUACGUGGAAGCAGAUUGUAGAUAAAUUCUUAUACUGUGCUAGAUAUUCAAAGCAAACAGGAGGUUCGAAGAAAAUUAAAGAAGCAAACCUUCCACCGCACACUCAUACAGGAACUACAAACUUUUCUGGCGACCAUAUACACUCAUUAAGAGACCACCCAUUAUACAACUCAGAAUAUGAAGUUGGCUAUGACGUUUUAUCUCCAGAUUAUAACCAUUCAGCAAAAAAGACUUUUCGACCAACUGAACCAGGAGGAAAUCAUGUCCAUACUUUCACAACAAAUCCAACAGGUUCGGGUAAAGAUUAUAUGCCACCAUUUGUGACUGUAUUCGCAUGGUACCGCAUUCAUUGA